GGCUUUUUGGAGAAACCAAAAGCAAAACCAUGAGACUUUAUACUCAAAGUGGACAAUAUCAUACUACUGUGGAGAUUCAUGAUUCCGAACAGGAACAACAACGUCUUAUGGAGCUUACAAACUCCAAAUUUUGGUACACGAACAAAAUCAUUGUAUAUGUUUAUUGAUGCAUCUAUCAAUCUUUUCUUUUUCCUCGUAGAUAAAAAAAGACAGGAUAUCAAAGCUUGUUGUUCUUCCUCUUUAUCCCCAAUUUUCAAUAUGCACAAGUGGUUCGAACCUUGGGCUGUUGGAGGGUAUCUUCCGGUAAAGGCUAGAUCCUUUAUGUUCAUACAAUAUUCUGACAUCCUGGAUUGGUUUAAAUGACAAUAGAACUUUCUUUUUCGUUAGGGAGGAUGAAUACCUAGUUAACAUGCAACAUUCGAAGAUAUAACAGUUCAGAAAAUGUUGUUCAUUAUAGUCGAAUGCUAAUCGACCUUUUUGGUUCAUAAGUGUUACUAUUCAUGCCUUGGCAUCAAAAUGUAACUUGAACAAAUGCAUAACCAUCACUUAUGAGUUGAUGAUACUAUUUGCAUAUUGACUGCGUGCAGAUUACCUAGUUUAGAAAUCAAAAUCAUAUUCAGUCAAUUAAAUUUUUAUGCUAUACUUCAUUUGUAGCUUUGUAAGUGAGAACAUAGAAACUUUGGAAGAAAUAGACGUGGAAUAUAAAGAACUGGCUUUGAAAUCUAGGAUAGGAAAAUGGGGACGUGUUCCAGCGUUAGGAUGUGAACCUACUUUCAUAACAGAUUUGGCUGAUGCUGUAAUUGAGAGUCUUCCGUAUGUCAGGGCAAUGGCUGUCUCAAAUCUUGAAUCUCGCCAGAUGGAGCAUCAUUUGUGGUUCACUCGACCAAAACAGAAGCCUAGGCAAGGCCGAUAAAAAGGAAUAAAAGGGUCUUUCGGCAAAAGAGCUAAGUGCCAACUUGGUUGAAAAAGAAGUGUGGUGGAGAGAUUUGAACCUUACAGAUGAUAAUUAGAAUUUUGACACUCCAUCAUCAAAACAUGCUUUCGCUUCCACCCCACAGAUGAAGAGCUUGUUGCUUACUAUCUGGAUAGAAAGAUCAAUGGCCGCUCCAUCGAGCUCGAGAUCAUCCCCGAGAUCGAUCUUUAUAAGUGCGAACCUUGGGAAUUACCUGAUAAGUCGCUUUUGCCAAGCAUAGAUAUGGAGUGGUACUUCUAUAGUCCUCGGGAUCGGAAGUACCCGAAUGGGUCGAGAACGAAUCGGGCAACCAGAGGCGGAUAUUGGAAGGCUACUGGAAAAGAUCGUGUGGUUCAGUCGCAGAAACGGGUGGUUGGAAUGAAGAAGACUUUGGUGUAUUAUAAAGGAAGAGCUCCUCAUGGAAUCAGAACCAAUUGGGUUAUGCACGAGUAUCGUCUUCUUCAUUCUCAACACGCCACCGCGGCGUCGUGUUCUUCGACAAAGGACUCUUAUGCAUUGUGUCGUGUAUUCAAGAAAACAACCCAAAUACCGAAACCCGUAAGGGAAAAGGCAAGCGGAGUUGAUGUCGAAGCACCGGUGUGGCAGAUGGGAGACGAGCAAGACAUGCAAGUCGACGAGAGCGGAGGGGCGGAAAGCUCGAGAGGAGGGAUAGAAAGCAAUGAAGAUGGUGAUAGUUUUGAUCACCUUCUUCAUGAGUACAACCCUAAAAUCUUCAGCUCUGAAAACUCUUCCUCCGAUCUCACACAAGGGAAUGUCGCCGACGACAUGCCGGCUCCGGUGGUCUCCGAUAACGAAGCCAAUAGUGCAGCAAAUAAUCUGUAUCCAAUUCACAUUGAAUGCCCUUCAAAUUUCAUACAGAUACCAAGCAAUCUUCAUUACCAACAUCCUUACUACCCGCCAUUGGAGCUCGAGGACUUCCCUCAGCUGAACAUAAUGGGGGAAACGAAGACAUGGAUGAAAGUCGAGUGCAUGGACGAGUACAUGAAGUUCGAGAAGUUUAGAGAGUCGAUGAAUGGAAGUUUAGAGGAGAUUUUAUCUGCAUGUAAUGUUCCCAUGCAAGAAGAUCAUAAUCUCCAGCAGUACUCUUCCUUAUUACAGUAACGUAAAAUCCUCAAUUCCAAAGCUUACGUUUACUGUACAUUAUAAAUUUACAGUUUACACACUAAAAUCAAUCUCUAAAGUAUAAUGUAGAGAGAGAAAAAGAUAUGAUUUUUGCAUGUUGAGAGAGAGAGAGACAGAGAGAGAGAGAGAGAGCUGACAAUAUCAUAACAUGAAAUUAAGAUAGUUUAAGGAUUCCAUGUAAUGGGUUUUUUUUUUGGCAUUUACAUGUGU